AUGCCCUUCUGUAUCCUUGCAGCUGUCUACGGCCUGGGGGCGAACUGGCAUGUGGACCCUACCACCAACCGUCCCUAUUCCAACCGUCCUUUCCAGCUUGCCGGCUUAAGAGGGUUCGGCAGCAAGCGUGCUACAUCGCUGACUCUCAAGAUUCCCGCUGUGGGCUACCUGUGCAACGUGGUGGAAUGGCCCUUGGUGAAUGCAAGGGGCCGCUUGAACCCUGCUCUGGACACUGCCGAGGCUGUAAACCGGCAGAACGUGGCUGCGAAGAUUGAUCAGGUGGUGGCCUGGAUCAAGGCCACCUACGAGAGUGGAGAUGUGGCCAUUUGGGACUCUAGGCCUCCUGCCGGCUUCAACAUGUCCCCUGUCAUCAAGAUCCUGGUGGAGGGCUAUGAGGCUGCUAUCUUCCCUGCUGGAACUCCACCGUAG